GCCCGCCGGUGUUUCCUCACGCUCCCCGCUCAGCUGCGAGACUCAAGCAGCUUCCGAGGAGGAGGAGGAGAGAAGAAGAAGCGACGGAGAGAUGAGCAUCAACAUGGAGCUGCGGCUGCUGGGGCUCGCGUGGCUCCUCCUGGCCCUCGGAACCGCCGGGGUUCGGUGUCUGACCGGCGACGAGGACCAGGGCCAGGACACCGAGUGCAAGACGAAGAGCGUGACCGUGUCCGCGCUGCCGUUCCUGCGCGAGAACGACCUGAGCAUCAUGCACAGCCCGUCGGCCUCCGAGCCCAAGCUGCUGUUCUCAGUCCGGAACGACUUUCCCGGGGACGUCGUGGUGGUGGACGACCUGGAAAACACCGAGCUGCCCUUCUUCGUCUUGGAGAUCUCUGGGAACUCAGAGGACAUCCCUCUUGUGCGCUGGCGCCAGCAGUGGCUAGAAAACGGCACACUACUUUUUCAUAUCCACCACCAGGAUGGGAGCCUGAAUGUCCCGGAACCAACCGAAGACCCGGCCAAUAACUCCACGAAGGAAGAGCUCCGCAUUCUGCACAUCUCUGUGAUGGGCGGUAUGAUUGCCCUUCUGCUGUCCGUCCUGUGCCUUGUCCUGAUCUUGUACACUCGCAGACGCUGGUGUAAACGCCGCCGCAUCCCUCAGCCCCAGAAGAGCGCCAGUGCUGAAGCAGCUAAUGAGAUCCACUACAUCCCGUCAGUACUGAUGGGAGGGCAGGCUCGGGAAAGCUUAAGGAACUCCAGGGGUCAGGGUCCGAACUCCAGUGGCACCCUCAGCAUCCGGGAGACACCGAUUUUGGAUGGGUAUGAGUAUGACAUCACGGAUCUUCGUCACCAUUUGCAGAGAGAGUGCAUGAAUGGUGGGGAAGAAUUUUCCAGCCAAGUCACCCGAACUCUGGACUCUCUUCAAGGCUGCAAUGACAAGAAUAACAUGGACCUGACACCUGUGAGCGACAACACCAAGCUGGCCCUGAUGAACAAGUACAAGGACAACAUCAUCGCCACGAGCCCCAUCGACAGCAACCACCAACAGAACACCCUGCUGCCACACAACACCUCCACCAGCCAGCGCAAACGCCUCUCCAGCAACACUCGGGCGGGUUCAACUUUCUUGAACCCAGACGGGGACUCUGGGACGGAGGCAGACAGCGAGCCUCAGCUGGCCUUUUACACCGACCCGAACCGCAGUCGGCGCCGGAGUCGAGGUAUGAGAAACGGUAACGCCAACAGCGCGUGGGGCUCUGGGGCAGGUUCCCCACGGAGUCCCAUCAAUAAGACCACCCUGACUCUGAUCAGUGUCAUCAGCUGUGUGAUUGGCCUGGUUUACUCAUCCCACCUCUCCUGCAGUCUCUCAGUUCGAGUAAUCUUACACGUGCCAGAGCACCUCAUAGCUGACGGAUCAAGGUUCAUUUUGCUGCAAGGGAGCCAGUUGGAUGCUUCAGACUGGCUCAAUCCAGCCCAGAUCUUGUUGUACUAUCAGCAGAAUGCCAGUGGGCCUUGGCUCAACGAGCUGUGCGGACGACGGCUACUGGAUCUUUGUGAACACCAGUGUGACCCAGAGACAGGAGAAUGCCUUUGCCUUGAUGGGUACAUGAAGGACCCAGUCCACAAACACCUCUGCAUCCGCAGUGAAUGGGGUCCCAAUCAGGGUCCCUGGCCUUACACCAUCUUCCAGCGUGGUUUUGAUCUUGUGAUGGGAGAACAACCCUCUGAUCGUAUUUUCAGAUUCACUUAUACUUUAGGAGAAGGAAUGUGGCUCCCACUGAGCAAAAGUUUUGUGAUCCCUCCUGCUGAGCUUGCCAUCAACCCAUCAGCCAAAUGCAAAACAGACAUGACGGUAAUGGAGGAUGCAGUAGAUGUCAGAGAAGAGCUGAUGAUCAGUUCAUCCUUUGAUUCUUUGGAGGUUCUCUUAGACUCUUUCGGACCAGUCAGAGACUGCACCAAAGACAAUGGAGGCUGCAGCCGCAACUUCCGCUGCAUAGCUGACCGAAAGCUUGAUUCCACUGGAUACUUCUUCAGUCUGAGGAGAUUAAAAACAGAUAAGAAACUGAACCAGGACUUCAGCCAUCCGUCAGGUGAAAUGAAAGACCCCAAACCCAGACGCAGACCAGUGGUCAUCCCGUGCAUUGAAGAUUAUAAGCGUGGUCCUGAUGGGAGGUCAUGUCUGCCCCUGUCUGAAGUUUGCACUGAGGGGAUAGACUGUGGUGAAGUGAUAGACAUCCCUGCCAACCAGACUGUCUUUGGAGAUCUUUUCUACGGAUAUAACAACCACACCAAAGAAAGCACCUCUGGACAGAUCCUGAAGGCGACGUUCAGGCAGAAGAACUUUGCCCGAGGCAUUGAACAGCAGCUCCCAGAUGGGAUGGUGGUGGCAUCAGUGCCAACAGAGGUUCAGUGCCACGAAGAGCUGUCAGACCCUGUGCCCGACCCAGAAUAUCUCAUGGGUAUGGUGAACUACAGUGAAGUUUCUGGCUAUCCUCUCGUUCAGCACUGGAGUCUUCGCUCUGUGCUGUACCACGUCAAACUCAACCAGUGGGUCCUGUCUCAAGCUUUUAGCUCAGCCAUCCAUUCUCUGGAUGGGGCAACACAGCGAAGCGACUUUGUCUCCAUCCUCAGAGAGUUUGGGAAUCACUACGUGCAGGAGGCAGUGUAUGGCUUCCAGGAGUCCUGCACCAUCUGGUACCCCAACAAGCAGGUCCAGAGACAGCUGUGGCUGGAGUACCAGGACAUUAGCAAAGGUAACUCGCCUUCAGAGGAGUCGGAGGAGCGUGACAAGGAGCCCAGAACGCUGACCUAUCCAGCAUACAUCGCCAGUCUCCUGGACACAGGCGCUAAGCGCAUGGCGGCCGGAGUCAGGAUGGACUGCAGCAGCCAGGGUCAGUGCCCUCGCUCCUGCCACCUCUGCCACAUGAGCCCGAGGGUGGCGCAAGGCCGGCAGCAAUCUGAGCCUGUUCUCUUGAAGAUCACCAAAGCUGCUCCCGUUUAUGAACUGGUGUCCAACAACGAGACCUAUCAGGCUCUUCAAGAGGCCAUGAUGAGCAUGCUGUGGUGCUCAGGCAAAGGUGACGUUAUUGAUGACUGGUGUCGAUGCGACUCCAGUGCAUUUGGCACGGAUGGACUGCCCACCUGCGCUCCACUUCCCCAACCCAUGCUGAAGCUGUCCUACACCUAUGAGCCCAGCAGCUCACUGGUCAUCAUGGAGUGGAACCACACAGAACCUCCAAUAGGUGUGCGGAUCGUUGAUUACCUCAUCAGCCAGGAGAAGGUGACAGAAAGGACCGACCAUUCGAAACUCGAGACAGAAACCCUGUUGAGUUUUGUUGACGACAUCCUAUCUGGGGCCAGAUCUCCAUGUGUGAUGUUAGGGGACGUCCCCAACCUGCUGUCCUCCUCCAUCAGUCUGAUCAUCCGCUGCCUGGAUCCUGACACCACCUUCAUGUUCCGUCUUUGGGCAGUGGACAAUACAGGACGCCGCUCCAGUUCCAGUGAGGUCACCAUCAAAACCCCAUGUCCAACUGUGGAUGACGUCAAAGCACAGGAAAUUGCAGAUAAGAUUUAUAAUCUGUUCAAUGGCUACACAAGUGGGAAAGAGCAGCAGACGGCCUACAACACUUUGAUGGAUCUGGGUGCUCCCACGCUACACCGUGUGCUUUAUCACUAUAACCAGCGUUACGAGAGCUUCGGAGAAUUCACCUGGAGGUGUGAGGAUGAGCUGGGGCCCAGGAAAGCUGGCUUGAUUCUCUCCCAGCUCGAUGAACUCUCCCCGUGGUGUAAAGGUCUCCUUCAGGAGCCAAAGAUCGGUCUUCGCAGGAUGUCCCUCAAGUUCCUUUCCUGCCGUUACACCGACACCAAAGUGUUUGGGCUCAACUGGCCUGAGAUGGGCCAGGAUGUACAAAAGGCCUGUGAUGAACAGACACUUGCUGUCAUGUAUAAUGAUUAUGGUGAGCCCAAGGAGCUCUAAAGAUUUGGAUCUAAGUUUGAAUCCAAGCAGAACCCCACAUCCUUUAGAGGGAAAAAAAAAUCUUGGUUUUGCCUACCUUGGUCAAAUAUUUUCCAUCAAAUUAUAUUCCUAAAACUAAAUGCUAAUCGGCAUGAAAUGUUUUGAUACACAUCAACAUCUGGAGUGAAACACGGGUCAUCUUUUAUAAAGUAUCUGCAAAAAAAAAAAAAAAGAAAACCAAAACAGUUUUGCUGAACAACCAUGGAGGGCUUUCCACACUAGAAUAUUUUUGUGAUUACACAAAAUAUGUUUUUGUUACAGCCUUGCGUCCACAUAGAAACAACAUUUUAGGAGUGAUGUUUUUUUUAAAACAGGCUCGAGUGAAAAAAAUUUUUUUUUGAAACA